AUGGAUUGCCUAAUCGGGAAAGCCCCGCACCCCGCCAAUCAAGCCCGGCGCUUUCUCUGCCCGCCGCAAUCUCCCGCCAUCAACUUCACCCGUUCCAUACUCGCUCGGUUCUUUUUCCUAGGUUUCUGGCGACCUGGUCUUCCUCAAUUGAUUCUUUUAGACAUUACAGGAAGCCCCCUAGUGACCGCCGUCAUGUCAGUCGCGCGAGUUCUGGUCAUUGCGGGAUCUGACAGCUCCGGUGGCGCGGGUCUGGAAGCGGACCAGAGGGUUCUGGCUGCACAUAGCUGCUAUGCUCUUACGGCAACGACUGGUCUCACGGCCCAGAAUACCUUGGGGGUGCAAGACAUCUUCAUUGUUCCCGCAGAGUUCGUGAAAAAGCAGAUUAAUGCCGGUCUGGAAGAUGUUGGCGCAGAUGUUGUCAAAUUGGGCAUGCUCUCUUCGGCAGAAACAAUCGACGUCAUUGCUGAAGCAUUGACCGUGCACCAAGUGCCUGCGGUGGUGCUGGAUCCGGUCAUGGUCUCUACUAGCGGGUCACGACUAUUACCUGAAGCAGCCAUUAAAGGUCUGCGGACAAAGCUUCUUCCCUUAACGACUGUUCUUACCCCCAACAUUCCCGAAGCCGUGCUGCUGCUGAAGGAUUCUGGUGUGGACGUCCCAGAACCGACGGACCUGCCUGGCCUUAUCCAGCUCGCGAAGCAGGUCUGCUCCUUAGGUUCCAAGGGUGUCCUACUCAAGGGAGGUCAUUUGCCGCUCACGAAUGAUAACCGGACCGCUCAGAAUCAUGAAGAUGCCUCCAAAGUCAUUGAUGUGUUUUAUGAUGGGAAAGACAUUACCUUGUUCGAGACUGACUAUCUGAUAUCGAAGAAUACACAUGGCACUGGCUGCUCACUUGCCUCAGCCAUUUCGGCCAAUCUCGCUCAUGGUAAGGAUAUGAGACGGGCAGUUCAGAGUGCGGUGCGAUUUGUUGAGGCGGGUAUUAAGACCAGCAUCGAUCUCGGAAAGGGUAGUGGACCGAUCAAUCACUUCCAUUCUUUCUACUGCCUACCUUUCUCGCCCGGACAUUUCGUGGAGUAUGCUCUAGACCGUCCCGACGUCCAGCCAGCGUGGAAGCGUUUCACCGAGCACGAGUUUGUCAAGAGAUUGGGAGAUGGCACACUUUCGGAGGAAAGGUUCAAGUCAUAUCUCGUGCAAGACUAUCUUUACUUGGUUCAAUUCGCCCGGAGCAACGCCCUAGCCUCGUACAAAGCUGGAGACAUGGAGUCCAUUGCCGCGUCGGCCAAGAUCGUUCUACACAUUCAACGUGAGACUGCGUUGCACCUCGACUACUGUGCUUCCUUUGGGCUGUCGAAGGAGCAAAUGGAGAGCACCCCCGAAACCAUUGCAUGCACCGCAUACGGCCGGUAUAUCCUUGAUAUCGGACAAUCGCAGGAUUGGCUCGCAUUGCAGGUGGCCCUUGCGCCCUGCUUACUCGGAUACGGGGCAAUUGCACAGAGGCUGUACAGCGACAAGGAGUCAGUCCGUGAGGGCAACCGAUACUGGAAGUGGAUUGAGAACUAUGUGGCGGAAGACUACACCGAAGCCGUGCGCUUGGGAUCCGAACUACUGGAGACGCAUAUGCGACAGGUUUCGCCCAGUCGAGUGGAAGAACUGAUCAAGAUCUUCAUACGAGCGACAGAGUUGGAGAUUAGCUUCUGGGACAUGGGGUUGGGUGGCAAACACUUGUAG